CAAGUCAAUUUGCCAGCACCUGCCAUUUGCCCUUACCGCUCGAUGUCCUGCCUUCAUUAAUCCUCACUGAACAUAUUAAUCUACGCGACCAUAAGCCACGACCACAUUAUGACCGAUUCGGACUCCUCAUCCCUCUCGUCGGCGCCAUCCUCCGACGAUGAGGAGAUGGUUCGGAAGAUGUCAAAACCUGUGGGACUGGACCGUUACUUCAAGCCAGCCCCAAAGCAAGAACAUAGUCCAGAGCCCCCAAAACGCGCACCCUCACCUCCGCAUGACUACACAUUCGCCGACAAUGACGCUAUCGCAUUCAUUGUGGCCUUUCGAGCGCGAUUCCACGAAGCAUUUCCCAAGAGCCUCCUGCACUUUGGGCCGCAAGACAUCGAAAGAGGUAUCUCAGGGGAUCUGCCAGACGAGCAGGUGGAAAGGUUACUAUGUAACCUACUGGGGCUCGUUUUGAACAGAAAGAAAGAUGUCGAGCGCGCUCAUUAUGGCAAGGCUUUUGAAGAGGCUAUGUCAUCGAAUCAAAAUCAGUGGCCAACCGUUUGGAAAGGUGUGAAUCCCCUUCGUGGCGGGAAAAACUUCAACAAUAUGACACCAGAAGAACGGUUAUAUAUCUUGAAAGCCCUCGCUCUGUGGUCACUUAACUCUUCAGAGGUUGUGCAAGGCCUCAUCAAAGAAUCCUAUAAACAAACGCGACGCGACGACGACAAAAAUCAGCCCCGAAGUGUGCAGCCGUGGUUCUCGGACCAAUACCGUCGCAAAUACUGGCUGAUCGAAGGGUUGGAAGAUUCAUAUUUUCGAAUAUAUAGGGAGAAUGACGGGAGGACUGCGAAAACAAACACGUGGUUCAGUGUCGCGGGGUCUAUUGAGGAGGUAAACUCUUUGGCAGACAAAUUCGCGGAGGAACAUGGGCAGAACUCCAAAGUCAUCAGUGAUAAACUGAGGCAGGCAAUACCAAGAUUUGAAGCAGGCGAAGAGAAACGCCGACGGCGUGACUACCGACUUGCCCGAAAAGCGGCAUUCACGCGACCCGAACCUGGCUUUUCCCUCUAUGAAGGGCGAACACGGGGUAAGAGGACGAGAUAUACAUACUCAGAUGAUGAAUUUGGCUCCGACGGUCUGUCCAGUAGGCGGUCGACACGAAUCUCUACGCCCGCCGAUGCUGGACCGACCAUUACUGCCAGUGGCAGACAAGUCAAAUCAAGAGUAGGCGGAAUGUACGGCGAAACGAUGUUAAUAGAUCAGCGAAAGGAGCUCGAACGAGUAGAUGGUGAGGGACACUUUACCGAGUCGGACGAGGACAUGCCAACUACAGCUCCGAAUGGCCGGUCGGUACGCACAUCAAGGUCUGGUAGACCGGUCAAAGCGGUGCAACAUCAAUAUACCAACGGCGAGGAGUCAGCUAGCGACGAGGCGCAAUCGACAGGCAAGGAGUGGAGUGGAGACGAGAACGAACUUGAUGCGUCGGAACCAGACUUCGACGCGGAGGACGAAGAUGACGACGAUGACGAGAUGAGUGACGAAGGACUCGACGCUGAUGAGUUGGCAGAAGACGACAACACUCAGGGGAGCUUAGUAGUGCAGCUCAGGUAUCGAAAGGGUGAAGGGGCGACCAACGCAGAUGAAAUACAACCACCGCCUCCACAGCCACAGCAACUGAUCAAUGGCAAGGUUUUCAACAAAGACCUGCAGGUGCCAGAUCCGCUCAAGCAGGUGCAGCCUAAUAUUGGACACCCUGUUCUGGACACCAUUGAUGUCGCUCCGAGGGCAAAAGAGGUCAAUGGGGGCCAAGCGGUGCCAAAUGGCGUGGAGAACGAGGAACAUCCUGUGUUAUCGUCUCCUCAGUCUCAAACGCAGAAACUGGCACUUCCUAUGGACCUGUCCUGAGAUAUGACGACCACGUUGAAUGCACUUAGCGAGCGUCUGUUCGGGCAACUAUCCGACCCCAGUAGAAGUUCCAAUGUGCGGCCAAUAUGACCUGAAAAGACAAUGAAUGAGCCUUGCUCUUCCGGAAUCCUCCAUGAAUUGGUGAUUGUAGAUGUGCUGUAGUAAAUAACAUGCUAAGGCACAGUAGUCACUCAGCUUUCAGGAAGCUUUAUCAUAAAUCAUAGCAUGGAAUUCGUGAUUAUAAUCAUUGCAACUCAUAGCAAC